AUGUUUCUGUCUCUGCCCGUGACGCUGUUAUCGCUCUUGUCGGCGCUGCUGCCGCCGACGUACGCCCAGCAGUGCCGGCUCGUCCGCCAGGACUUGGUGCCCUCGCCCGACAACCCUUUUCCGACGUCCGCUCCUGGCUCGGGGAAUGUCACCACCGGCUCCGGCUCGGGUUCAGGCACGGGGACUGGGAACAGCAGCAGUACGAACGGGACCGCGACGCUGCAGCCCUUCAAGUACGGCCAGCAGCCUGUUCGGGGAGUUAACAUUGGUGGAUGGCUUGUGUUACAGCCCUGGAUCACCCCGAGUUUCUUCAAUGCUACGAACAACACCGACGUCGUGGACGAGUACACCCUCGGGCAACUCGUAGACCGCGACACCGCCCUGCAGAUGCUCCAGAACCACUGGGAGACCUGGAUAACCGAGCAAGACUUUAAAGACAUCGCCGCCGCAGGGCUCAACCACGUCCGAAUCCCCAUCGGCUACUGGUCCGUCCCCAUCACCCCCGCCGACACCAACUACACCACCUCCGUCGACCCCUACAUCCCCGGUGCCUGGCCCUACCUCCUCAAAGCGCUCAACUGGGCCAAAUCCGCGGGGCUGCACGUCGUGCUCGACCUGCACGGCGCGCCCGGCUCGCAGAACGGGUUCGACAACUCCGGGCAGCGCACCUCCACGCCCGUCUGGGGCGCGAACCCCGCCAACGUGAGCCGCACCCUUGACAUCGUCACGUUCAUGGUCAAGGAGGUCGGCGGGCUCGUGGACGUGAUCGAGCUCCUGAACGAGCCGGCGGGGUUCCAGGGCGGGGGGUGGCCGGCCGCGAUCAGGGGGUAUUGGCAGGACGGGUACGAUGCGGUGCGGAAGGCGGUCGGGAGUGGGAUCAGGGUGAUGAUCGAGGACGCGUUUUUGGGGAUCAAUCAAUGGGAGGGGUUCUUGACGGCGCCCGACGCGCAGGGGGUGAUCAUGGACACGCACCAAUACCAGGUAUUCAACACGGACCAGCUCGGCUACUCGCCAGACGAGCACAUCAACUUCACGUGCACCCUGAAAUCGGGCUACUCCGCCUACGUGGACGACAACAUCUGGAUGGUGAUGGGCGAGUGGACGACCGCGGUCACCGACUGCGCGACGUGGCUCAACGGGCGCGGCGUCGGCGCGCGCUGGGACGGGUCCAUGGACGUCGGGCAGACGUUUGGGUCCUGUGCGGGGUACACGGGCGACCAGGGGGGGUGGUCGGAUAGCUACAAGACAUUUCUACGAAGGUACUGGGAGGCGCAGGUGGCCGUGGCGGAGGCGGCGAGCGGGUGGAUAUACUGGUGCUGGAAGACGGAAAGCGCGGACGACUGGAGCUACCAGAAGGGCCUCGAGGGCGGGUGGAUCCCGCAGGACCCGUCGGAUCGCCUUUACCCGGAUAUCUGCGGUUGAGGUGCAUAGCAGACGGGCACUGGCAGGUACUUAAGUUAUUAUGAUUACGAAUAUAGACGGGGUGUAUAUGGACGGCGCGAAUAUAGCUAUGGCCACG